AUUCAUUGAAACUUUUGUGAGGAAACAGAAACGUGUAGUGUGUAGGGAAUGAAUAGCGUAUGUGUUCCGUGCAUCGAGAAAAGGACACAGGACGGUGUGAUUUGAGUGGAAGAGUUGAGAACCACAGCUGAACAUCAGUCCAAUGUGUGGCAGUAAUGCGUCGCCAUGUUUGUUUUCCAGACGUUGGAGGAAUCCUAGAAGAAGAGCUCGGUUACGUGAUUGGCCAAAACCGGAAGUAAACAUUAAUCUGUAUUCUGAGGAGAGAAGCAUAGUAGCGGGCUGCUUGGUCUUAGACAUUAAUCAAACGGCUUUUAGAUUCGGGGACAAACCGAUGCGGUAUAAUGCUAAAUCCGGAGGUCUGACAGGGUAGCCUGAUAAGUUCUGCCCGACUUUUCUCCAGCGCGAGCGCCUAGCAGCCGAGCGUUAGCCCGUUAGCUAACGUUAGCCAAGGUGCUAAUUAGCAGGUGUGAAUGAGUGACGUGGUGCCUCCCACAGCUCUCAGUGAAAUCCAGCUCCGUUUCCUCUGCCACAAUGACAUAGGGAGUGUCAAGCUGCUCUGUGGGGAUUGGUUCCCAAUCGAGUACCCAGACUCAUGGUACCAAGAUAUCACUUCCAACAAGAAGUUCUUCUCCCUCGCUGCCACCUUCAGAGGGAGCAUCGUAGGAAUGAUCGUGGCCGAGAUCAAAAACCGAACCAAAGUACACAAAGAGUGGUCCAACAUCGCCUCCAAGACCGGCAUCCAGUACAGCAGAACCAUGUGACUCUCCUGUUCAGGACCUCGGCUGGCAGUCUUCCCCGUACAGAGCUGACAAGAGUCUACCCCUAACCCACAUGUCGUGUGGCUUCCUGCUCAGGACUCAGGUUCAACGUGACCUCUGAGGCUCACGGCCCCGACUCGGCUCACAUUUAAUUCUGUUCUGUCCCUCGUGCUGGCCUGUGUUUGUUUUUAGUGGCAUACGCACCUGUCACCUUAUCUUAUAUAUUACCCCUUCAGGCCCAGCGAAGUACAGGGUCAGAGGUUAGAGGUCACAGGAAGAGGUCUGGCUCUGCCCUAGCAAUACUAUGUAUACUAUUUGUACAUAACAUAUUUAGCUAAUAUAUAAAUUUAUCUACUCGUGUAUGCCUGUCCUAGUGUAUGCUGUUGGUCGUCCCUUUUUAAAGACUGCAUCUCCAUCGCCGUCCGUCAGCUUGACAGGAAACGAGGGCGUUUUGACCUUUGGUCUCCUGUGAGGAGGCUUUUUGAUUGGAACAAACUCGAUUAGUCGCAGGCAGCGCUGACUGACUGGUUCAGUAGGACCUGGGGUCAUCCCUUCAAACGCGCAGAGCGGCUGUUUCCUUUCAGAAUAAAACUUCUAUAGCCGGAUACAGAGUAGGGAUGCCGACCGUUCAAAAGAGUGAAGAUGUUUCCAGAACUUCCUUUCUGAGCCAUCCACACUGAAGAGGUGGCUUUUAGGUUUGUUUUAGAGUACGGCCCAGUCACAGUUUUUAUGUCGGCUCGUAAACAAAAUAAAAUGAAAGUCCCGUAAUGUUCCCAGACAGACAUCCUGUACUUGGGUGGGCGUCCGUAUGUUUCCACAGGUCUGUUCAUGUCUGAGCGCUGAUGCAGAGCGGCACUUCCAUGGAGUAAAGCUAAAACGAGCUCUGUUCAGGUCUGUCAGGAUUGUAGACCUCUGCCCCGGUGUUCCAGUUGCUCAGUCUGAUGGUUUCAUUGUUUUAAUCCAGAUUUUUUAACGUGUGUGUGUGUGUGUGUGUGGGGGGGGGGGGGGGGGGGGGGGGGGGGGGUUCAUUGUAAUAAACAUUUCUCACCUGUCCUGUCCAUGGAAGGUGGCUCCAAACCAUUUCACAUUGUUAAUGCAAUAAAUCAGGUUUAGCGAA